AUGGCCGGCCCCGAAUCUAUCGAAGCCAAGUUCACCCUAUUCUAUCUGCCCAAGGUCUGGUGGAAAAGCAUCUUUGUAGGUUUCUCUCGAAAGCGGAGCGGCGGCCACCGGAGAUGGAAUCUGGCCUUGUCUUCGCUCGCAGCUGGUAUCAGUGUGCUCAGCAUUUCAACCUUCUCGUCGUCCGUAUUCGUUGCGAAAGAAAUCUUGUAUCAGGAGGAUGUGCAGCUUCAACGGUAUGCCGCUGGCCAGACAAUUGGCGAAGACUUGUCACCCAUUCAGCUUUCACCUCGAAGGGAUACGUAUCUCCGAACUAUAAGUGGAUAUCUCUUCAACGUAUCUACAUCUAUCUGGUCGUCGAAUUCGCAAGUCAUUGUACCUUUUGGAGCAUCAAAUGGCGACAAGCGCCAUGCAACGCUUCCGAACGGUAUAUGGCAAGCAGAUACUGAGGUGUUUCAUCUAAACUACAGUUGCACAUCGAUGGCUCUGGUCGAGAAGGACAUAAUCGAUAUUACCUACAAGUAUACAGACAUCCCGAUAACGUCAUGUCCAAACGACACAUGUACUGUCUCCUCAAAGGGGUUCAAAGUUCGAUCAGAGGAUGGUUGUGAGGUCCAAAUCCAAGGUCCAAUCGCUCAAUGGGAUGCUUUGGGAGCCGAGUUGAACUCCGAUGGCUUCAUUAGCGAUACCUUUACAGAUGAUGGUGGCUUGCUCUGGACCAACAUGUCUUCCAAUUACGUGUCGUGGGAGACACUUAUUCGAGAUUACGGUCAGCCUCCAGCAAUUCGCUCCAUUGGAGAGAAGGUCCUCGAGCAAUGGUCUCGCACGUUCAUUUAUGGUUUCUCCGAUCAAUGCAUUGGGCGUGAUCUGCUACUUGUAUCGCCUCAAUGGAUUGUCCGGCCGUCACCUGUCGAUGUGCCCGUGGGUGUAUGGGAGAAAGACUCAUGGGACAACCUCACGAUACGGGCACAAGUAUGCACUCCGGAAUAUCAUACAGCUAGCCUCCCAGUCUCUGCAUCCAUCGACGGCGCUGAAAAUUCCAUGUCCUUCGAUGUAUCAGAGUUUGAGCGACGCAGGCAGCCUGUGUCGAAACAAGCCAUCGAUUUCGACUUAUUGGAUGAUCUCACUUUUCGCAGUGACAGUUGGGACAAGGAAAAGGCCACUCAACCUCCAUUCAGAUCCUGCCACCGUUGCUGGAACAUCAUCCCUCCUUGGCAGUACUUCGCUUUCUUCUACCACGUUCAGUACAUUCCUUGGAUAUGA